AUGCAGAGAGAAGCAGCCAUGAGAGAGAACGCAGGACGGAGCCCAGCCGCCGCAGCCCGCGGAGCCACAGCCACGGAGCCCUGUGCCCACCUGCGCCCACCCUGUGAGGAGGUGAACCUGGAGACUCCAAAUGCCCCGCGGGGGACUCUUGUUCUGGCAGCGGCAGGAAGCCAGUGCUCGCGCUGGUCAUUCUCCGUGGCUUCCUGGCGGCAGCGGUUCCCCGGAAUUCAACGCGUUGAAGAGACGCUGCCAAAGACGCGCAUGGUGGUCACUGUGGCCCAGAAACGAAACCGCCCAGAUGUCCAUCCCCCGACACGUGACGAGUACCACAAGCAGGCCACAGAUCCGUGCCGCUUCGGCAGUGUUUUUAAACGGACGGGCCCAGAGACUUCGGGUUCGGACCACGGACUUGUGUCCAAGCUCACUGAUCCUUUCCGCAUCUCUGUCCAGUCUACUGAUGAUGCCUUUGCAGCAUGUCCUCGUGGCGGACGGAAGGAGACGGCAGAUUGUUCUUCGGGGAAGGUUCUCUUCCUUCUGUUUGCCGUGGCUCGUGUGCUACCCCGGGAUGCCCGUCGGGAAGGGAAAGCCAAGCCUGCGGCAGUCAGCGUCUGCGGCCUCGCGGUCCGUUCUGACCGCCCGGGGCCCCGACGGCCCGGCCGGAGCAACGGGGCCUGCCCCGCGCCUUCGCGUACAACGAGGAGACUGCCAUCACGUAUAGCUUCUAGCAUGUCAUCUACGUUUUUUUCCCCCAGAAGAUCUAGUCAGGAUUCCUUGAAUGCAAGAUCAUUGAGUUCUGAAAAUUCUUACAUUUCUCCAAGAAUCUUGACGUCUUCACAGUCUCGGAGUAAUGCAGCAUCCGCUUCUGAAGCAAAUGAUAAUAGGGCAUCUGAAGCUUCUCAGGGAUUUCGCUUUCUUAGGCGAAGAUGGGGUUUGUCCUCUCUUAGCCAAAAUCAUAGCUCGGAGCCAGAUUCAGAAAGCUUCAGCCAAGAAUCUGAAGGAAGAAAUACAGGACCAUGGUUAUCUUCCUCACUUAGAAAUAGAUGCACACCUUGAUUCUCUAGAAGGAGACGAGAGGGAAGAGAUGAAUCUUCAAGGAUACCUACCUCUGCUAUGCCAUCUGGAUCUCAUAUUUUCAGAAGAGGAGCAAAUGCAAUAGUUCACCUUGAAACACCAAGUGGUCCACCUGGUGCUGCUGCCAACAGACCACAACCGUCUGGAGCAUCAAAUGAUGCCUGUCUAGGUGGUUCCACAUCAGAUUUGCCUCAUGGUGGGAGAAAUACAGGAAUAACAGGAAUUCUUCCUGGUUCCUUGUUCCGAUUUCCUGUCCCUCCAGCCCUUGGAAGUAAUUUGGCCGACAAUGUCAUGAUCACCGUAGAUAUUAUUCCUUCAGCUUGGAAUUCAGCUGAUGGAGAAGGUGGUAAAGGUAAAAGUGCACCUUCAGGAGAUCCAGAAAGACUGCAGAAAAUAAAAGAGAGCCUCCUUUUAGAGGAUUCUGAAGAGGAAGAAGGUGACGUAUGUAGAAUCUGUCAAACGGCAGCAGCAUCUAAUUUGCUGAUAGAGCCAUGCAAGUGCACAGGGAGUUGGCAGUAUGUCCACCGAGAGUGUGUGAAAAAGUGGUCCCAGGCCCAAAUCAACUCUGGUUCUUCAUUAGAGGCUGCAACCACCUGUGAACUCUGUAAAGAAAAGUUGCAGCUUAACCUGGAGGAUUUUGAUAUCCAUGAACUACAUAGAGCUCGUGCAAAUGAACAAGCUGAAUAUGCAUUUAUCCGUUCUGGUCUCUACCUAGUUGUGUUACUGCAUUUGUGUGAACAAAGCUCUUCUGAUAUGAUGGGAAAUACGAAUGAACCAAGCCCAUGUGUCCAGUUUAUUAACCUUGCAAGAACUCUUCAGGCACAUAUGGAAGAUCUCGAAACUUCAGAGGAUGAUUCUGAAGAAGAUGGAGACCAUAACAGAACAUCUGACAUUGCCUAACUUCAUUUAAGACAAAUGGAUGAUCUGUGAACAAGUGUUUAUUAAAACUGGCAAUUAAGUGUGAAAUAAUUUUGUGGGGAAUGCCUAUUAAAUAUAUUUGACUAUUAUAUAAAAAUGAAUAUAUAUAUAUACAUACAUGUAUCCAUGUAGAUAUAUACUCAUUCUCAAGUGUUGCUGAAUUAAAAUUCUGCUGGACCCUUCUAAUAUUGGCCAGCAAAUCUGAUGUUUAUAAUAUGGUAAUCAAAAGCAA